UGGAUCAUUGUGCCCCAGAACUGAAUCAAAUGGAGGAGUGUCCCCUUUCUAUGGGUCAUAUGGUGCGCCCCCAAGGCUUCAGUUUGGAGCAACUACGUCAAGCCUUGGGUAACUCUGUCAUUAGGGAGCAUUGCUAUUUCAUUUAUGGCACUAACAAUAUUCUCCAGCUUAUUUCAGGAUUUGAUGAAUUACUGAAUCAGGAAGUAAUCGAAUUCGGAGCACAUCAACUGGCUCCGAUUUAUGUUACCGGGAUGAUGGUCUAUCUACUACAUCACGAGAAUUUGGCAGCAACCCAAGUCAAAAGGACACUCUUCUUGCAGAAAUGCUUUGAGUAUAUGGCCUGCACCGAGGAAACCCAUAUCCACCAGAUAUGCGUGGCUAUGCUGGGUCUGUUGGAUACCAACAAUUCCAGCGUUAUGCUAAACUUAAUCAUCUGUUGCCGCGUGGCCAGUCCACUUAGCACAAUGGGCCGUGUCAUCGGCAACUGCCUAUUAUGGGCCAUGUUGGAUCGCCUUUCGGAUUUGGGCCUGGAUUCGCACCGAUUGCGUUCACCUGGAACGCUUCUGCUCGUCGUCGCAGUGGUAAAUCCCCGUGUUUACGUCCAAUCCUAUUUGCAUGCUCUGCAUCUGGUGGUACGCUUGAUAUCUAGCCUUUUACUGCUUGGACCACUCGGUAGUAACGCCCAGCAGUUUUGCCAAGAGACCGGUGUGCCGGUAGAGUUGAUGCUACUCUCCAAAGAGGAUUCAACUAUCUUGGUUCGCUGGCUAAUCGCCAUUGUUGAGGAAAUGCGUCCGCAGAUGGUGGAUAACGAGGAUUUAGGACACCUACAUGAGCGUCUGGUACUUUUGGAGGCCAUAUGUGAGCUAAUGCAACUCCUGCAUGGCCACUUUGUAAAGUACUACCAGGAAAGAAACGCCAUAGUUCCAAAGUAAAGGGGCUAAAAAAGCGAAAAUUGCUAAAACUAAAUGUUUUUCAAGGUUUUUUUAACAUUGCAGCUUCCGAAAUAAAGAGUAGAGUAGGCAUUUUAUGCCUAAUGCUUCGAAA